CGACUGCGAAAUCUAUUGUUAAGUAAACCUUCCAACAGAAAGGCCUAUCAAGCUUUCCAAGCACAGAAAUGCCUGAGAAAUACAAAGUUACGUCUGACGAAACGAAUUUUAGAAUUCCCCACGAUAAUUUGGCUUAUAAUAAAGAAAUGGAUGAAAUAAAAAAUGACAAACAAUUUGGGGUAGUCCCCACAGCCCCUAAUGAGACAUCCCUAGAAUUUUCAUCGCAACAUAUAAAAGGAGUUUUAACAAGUCAGCCGGUGACUUACAUUUGGGAAAACAUCGAAGCUGAAAUUGAUAUCGUAGAAGGGCGCUGUCGUAAGAAGCAAACUACCCACAAGCGCAUCCUCGAUCACGUGACUGGCGCUGUUCAGCCGGGCGAGUUUCUGGCAAUCAUGGGAGCAAGUGGAGCAGGAAAGACCACACUUCUUAAUUGCUUAACGUUCCGCAAUACAGGUAAAUUGAAGAUCACUGGAACGAGACUCCUGAACGGCGCUCCAGUCAACACAGAUGCUUUAGCUCGUAUUUCCGGAUACGUGCAACAGGAUGAUCUCUUCAUUGGUACACUGAAAGUUGGAGAAAUCUUGCGUUUCCAGGCUCUACUGCGAAUGGAUAAAUAUUUUAGCUACGAGGAAAGAAUGGAAAGAGUUGAAGAAGUCAUUCUGGAACUAGGACUUACCAAAUGUCGCAACACGCUAGUCGGCAAUCCCGAGAAAGGCAUUAAAGGAAUCUCGGGUGGCGAGAGGAAACGUUUGGCAUUCGCUUGUGAGCUUCUUACGAAUCCAUCGCUGAUGUUCUGUGAUGAGCCUACGUCAGGUUUGGAUUCAUUUAUGGCUCAGAACGUCGUCCAGGCUUUGAAAAACCUGGCAUCAGCUGGGAAAACAGUAAUUUGCACAAUCCAUCAACCGUCUUCUGAAGUCUUUGCCAUGUUUGAUCGCAUUCUGUUAAUGGCGGAGGGACGAACGGCUUUCCUGGGACCAAUCGAUGAUUGCCUUCGUUUCUUUUCCUGCCACGGCAUGCCAUGCCCGGCAAAUUACAAUCCAGCCGACUUUUACAUAUUCAGUUUGGCUACCGUACCUGGCAAAGAAAAUGAGUCACGCAGUAAAAUCAAGUAUUUAUGCGACGCUUACGAUACUUCCGAAGCUGCAAGGCAGAUCAAAGCAAUUGUUCAAAAAGAAAACAGUCAUUCGACAAGACAAAAUAUUAACGAUUCGGAAAACAUCAAAAGGUCACCUUACAAAGCAAAUUGGUUUCAGCAAUUUUCAGCCGUUAUGUGGCGGUCCUUCUUAUCGGUCCUCCGGGAUCCUCAGAUCCUGGCGGUCAAAGCGUCUUCGUCUAUUUUCAUCGCUCUUCUGAUUGCGCUUAUUUACCAAGGCCAAUCAAUGGAUGCCAGCAGUUCUUUGAAUAUUCAGGGGGUCCUUUUCCUGUUUUUGACGAAUGCCACUUUCGAAAACGUCUUUGCUGUCAUUAACACUUUCUCAUUCGAACUGCCGAUUUUCUUACGUGAGCACUUUAAUGGCAUGUACCGGACGGACGUCUACUUUUUGUCCAAAACAUUCGCUGAACUGGCCAUUUACAUUUUCUUCCCAUUCGUCGCCUUCGCCAUUCCAUACUACAUAAUCGGCUUGAAUCCAUUGGUAGAGCGCUUCUUUAUUGGGGCUGGAAUCAUUAUCCUCGUAACUAACGUUGCCACUUCUUUCGGCUACUUCGUUUCGUGCGUUGCUUCAACACCGCAAGUUGCACUGGCUAUAUCUGCACCAAUGAUUAUUCCAGUGCUGCUUUUCGGUGGUUUUUUCUUGCAGAAUGGCUCGGUUCCCGUUUACCUGGACUGGUUGCGUUACUUGUCUUGGUUCAUGUACGGCAACGAAGCGUUAUCCAUUAACCAGUGGUAUCACGUCGAAUUCAACAAUACAGAUUGCCAAUACGUUGGCUAUAACGUCACUGCAAUCAAUGAGCUUGUCCCUGAUGAUGCUCCUGAUGAAAUUCUUAAUUUUGUGGAAAUCCUUACUGGUCUGUAUACGGCUUACGAGAAAAACGUCGCAUGUAGCGGAGAAGAUAUUCUGGAAAUUUACAACUUCAAACCCGAAUAUUUCUAUCGGGAUAUCGCCUGCCUCGGAGGUCUUAUUCUCCUAUUCCGUCUAUGCGCAUUUUUCGCUCUACUGGGGAAAACCUACAGGAAACAAUAAAACUUUAAUGUGGUGUGAUAACUUAAAACAGUAUUUUGUAGCUUAUUCGUACUGCACUUGUUCAAGCGACACCAAAUAUGUGAUUGCAAAAUUUCUUGCAGCAUCAAACGCUUCUUGCUAUUUUCAAAUGUGUACCUAGAAAGAAGAUAUUCAAUAAAGGAAUUGUGUCGAC